AUGGACCUAAUCACAGUCAUUCUCUCGUUCUUCUGUUUUCACCUUAUCCAGGCUAUUGAUGUUGGAAAUAUCCCUGUUUGCGCGCAAAACUGCCUGUCGAACUCUACCUCGUCUCAGACAUCCUGCGCCGUCAUUGACAUCGGCUGUCUUUGCAAAAAUAACAAUUAUGUCGCAAGUUUGUCAUGUUGCCUGUUCACCAAUUGCAACUCCACGGAGCAAGCUACUGCAAUCCAGUUCAAUCAACAAGAAUGUGAAGCUGUCAGUGAGACCGCCCCAGAUUUUGUGGGAUGUUCGCCGGCAGGGUUAUCCAGUGUCCUUGCCAGCUUGAGCUCGGAGACAGCAACAGAAGCUGCCACAUCUGCCGUGACUUCAACGACAACCUCAUCCAUGUCGGCGCUCAACACAAGCUUCAGCACCAUAACAGACAACGUGGUCACCGAAGCGGCUGUAGCGACCACAGCCAAGCCCGCAACGGCCGCCUUUUCUGGGCGGCCAUUGAUGACGGGCAGCUGCACAGUGCCGUACUUUGCUAUGGUGACAGGGUCCAACAACAUGGUGACCGAGUUCCCAGUGGUCGGCUGUUCCAAUGGGAGAGGUGACUGCUGCCCGAACCAGGCAGAGAUCAAUGCCGAAAUCACGCGGUGUCCACAGGACUAUUUCACCACGUCGAGUGCCUGCUGUCCAUAUGGCUAUCAGGUAUACUAUACCGCCAUUGGAGGGCAGACGCCAUGUUAUUCCAGCCUGAGCACGACGUUGAUACCGGGAAUCACACCCACUGUGACAGGCCUGACUCUCAUAACCGACCACAUCUUCACAGAGCGCUACAUCCUUGCUCCAAAGGCAGCACGUCCAGGAGGCUUGCCUAUAGGCGGUCUUAUUGGCAUCGUCGUCAACGCAGUGCUGUUCAUAAUUCUCAUCAUCGUCUUCAUAUGGUGGAGAAAGCGGCGAGCUAGGGCGGCAGCGGCAGCGGCAUCAGCGCGAGCAUCAACGUUCCCGGCACAAGAGCCGGCGCUCAUACAGUUUGAAGAAGAACCGGUGACCCACGAGCUGGACAGCCCAGAAAUGCAGCAAAAGUCGCCAGGGGCUGUCUCGCGCUGGCCUAGCAAUCCCGCAUCAUCGCCUCCAGCGUACGAGCCAGAGAGGUUAGUCAAGCCAAUACCUAAGAAACCCAGUGUGCCACAGGAAUUGCCGGGAAGCACGUGGAUCAAUGAACAUCAUCCAGCAUUUUCAGGGAGUGAAGCAUCGACAGAAGCCGAUCCAGCAUCUCCGCCACGAACACCCGUGCAGAAAUCAAGCGGUGGUGGGAGGAGGUCGCCAGUCUUUUCUGAAGCGACGCCAAAGUCGGGGACGAGCCUGUCCGUAAUUGGCCCAGAUGUGUGGACGGCCCUUCCUUCGCUCAUGACUUCUCCGAUGAACUCCAUACGUCGUUAUCGCCUCUCCCGGCUGCGGGCAGAAGGAGAUGUUGCGGGCACGCGGGAACUACACACGACAUCUAGCCAGUCGGCCAACAAGUCAAAUGUGGGUGAUACAUCGUCGAAAGAGGAGCGAGAGGUCCCUGACACUUGCCAGCUACCGUCCAAGAUCGUCAUUCCCGAUUUCAUGAGCACCGUCGCAACGAGCAGCCUACAGUCUGGACCACUAUAUCCUACUUCCCGUCAAUCUCUACCUUGGAUGUUGCCCAGCAUCCGAAGUAUCAUGAUACCACACCAGACCCCUCUCUCCUCCCUUCGACGAGCCUUCUCCACAGGUGCGCCCAGAGCCGCAGCGAAGACAUCGCCUGCCAGAGCCGUUGGCCUCGCCCCCCGCCGCACGCAGCCAUCAAUGACAUCUCUCCUGUUUGGUCCUCCACGCAAAGGAGACUCUAGUUAUUUCACAUCGCGUCGGCAAUUCUCCACCACCUUUCAGCCUGCAAGCCAGAACAUGCUCGCGCAUGCUGAAAAGACAGCCAACAACAACCCUACAAGCGCCACUGCUCAGAAUGCCUUCUACUCCGCUCUGUUGCGUUCCAACAUGCCCAAGAUUGUCAUCGAAAGAUACCAGUCCGGUCGGUAUGCCACAAAUCCCACGGUCGACGCCACUUACCUCAAAGCUCUCCAAAUGACUGGCUUUGUGCCUGCACCGGGGUCCGCACCUGGGUUUGCAGGUGCCAGCAACAUGGUACAAGGUGGUGGUUUGGGUCAAGACAAGCUACAAGCUGUAGGUCAGGCGGUUGCCGGACAGAACUAUGGUGGACAACUCGUCAUGUCAGGCACAAAGUCGGGUACAGGCGCAAAAGAAGCACCCUUAUAUGUCGUGGUGGAAGAAUCAUGGGGCGCCACAAUUCUGAAAUGGGUCAAAAUGUUCCUCUGGGUCGGUCUCUCCGGUUACUUUUUGCUAGUCGUCCUCACCAUGGUGGUCGAGUUUACCGGAAAUUUCCGUACCCGGGGCGGGCAAAACAACGAAGUUCAACCUCAGCACCAAACCGUACGUUUCAGCGACGUGCACGGUUGCGACGAAGCCAAGGAAGAAUUGCAAGAACUGGUCGAAUUCUUGAAGAACCCGGAAAAAUUCAACAGGUUGGGUGGCAAGCUUCCCAAGGGUGUUCUUCUGGUUGGUCCACCUGGUACCGGUAAGACCAUGCUUGCUCGUGCUGUGGCGGGAGAGGCUGGAGUCCCGGUAUUCUACAUGUCUGGUUCGGAAUUCGAUGAGCUUUAUGUCGGCGUUGGUGCGAAACGUGUUCGAGAUCUCUUCUCCCAAGCCCGGAACAAGGCGCCAGCUAUCAUCUUCAUUGACGAGCUUGAUGCUGUGGGAGGCAAACGAAACGCGCGUGAUCCAGCCUAUGCCAAGCAGACACUCAACCAGCUGCUGACAGAGCUGGAUGGUUUCAGCCCAAGUACUGGGGUGAUCCUCAUUGCUGCCACCAACUAUCCAGAAUCUCUCGACAAAGCACUCACUCGACCUGGCCGCUUCGACCGUAAUGUCAACGUACCUCUACCCGACGUCCGAGGCCGGGUUGAGAUCCUCAAGCACCAUAUGAGGAAUAUGCCUAUCUCCGCUGACGUGGACGCUACCAAGCUUGCACGAGCGACCAGUGGCAUGUCUGGGGCUGAGCUAGAGAAUCUUUGCAACCAGGCUGCAGUCCACGCUUCUCGCCUCAAGUAUAAGAAGGUCAAUGCGCACAAUUUCGAAUGGGCCAAAGAUAAGAUUAUCAUGGGAGCCGAGAACAAGUCUAGAGUGAUCCGCGAGAAGGACAAGAUCUGCACCGCUUAUCAUGAAGCCGGCCAUUGCUUGGUCAACCUCUUUACACCAGGCAGCCAGGAGUUGUACAAGAUGACAAUCAUACCUAGAGGUCGUGCUCUGGGUGUGACCCACCAGUUACCCGAGAUGGAUGCUGUCAGCAUGGGAUACGAUCAAUAUCUCAGCCAGAUUGAUGUCUCCAUGGGUGGCCGAGCGGCUGAAGAACUGAUCUAUGGUCCUAACAAGGUCACAAGCGGUAUCUCGUCCGACGUUCAAGCCGCCACACAAGUUGCAUAUCACCUGGUGACGCAAUGCGGCUUCUCGCCCAGUCUUGGUAACGUUGACUUGGCUUCUGACUACAAUAAUCUGUCAAGCCAGACAAAGCAGGAAAUCGAGCGCGAAGUUCGAAACAUUGUUGAAGCCGGGAGACAGCGAGCCGACAAGAUUGUGAAAGAGAAGCGCAAGGAAUUGGAGGCGCUCAAAGACGCCCUGAUGGAAUUUGAGACGCUCGACCGCGAGGAGAUCCUCAAGAUUCUACGCGGUGAGAAGUUAGAACGACUCGAAGUGCAGCUACAACAAGAUGACGACAAGAACGACAGCAACAACAGCAGUGGCCGAGGCAGUUCGCCGGCAAUCAAAAAGGGGAAGGAAGUCGGUCCCAAAGGGGGUGUAGGGAUUAAGCUUCCUGACGUUCUGCUCCCUCCUGGUGCGACCACCGGCGCAGGCGAGAAGGAGGGUGCUGCUCGAGUCUCGGGCAGAUGA